AUGGGAUCUGAUUUCUGCUUGGCUGCAGCAAGCUCCGGCGAAUUGUACACUAUUAUAUCCCCAAAAUCGCAGCCUCUUGUUAUAUCAGACGUGUUUGCGAUUUCGGAGAGCAUUUUACUUUCGUCUGACUGCCACGGAAACAUGGUGGUUACAUCAGACGAAUGUGGGAUUGUUUACCUCGUUGAUCCCUGCAAGAAGAAAAUCCUGGAUUAUUGGAAAGGUCAUGAUUUUGAAGCCUGGUGUGUAAGGCUUAACAGGAAUGACGCUAAUUUGAUUCUAUCAGGAGGUGACGACUGUAUGGCACGAGUUUGGGAUCGGCGUUUGGGAUUUGCUAAGCCUGUUAUUAGCAAAAGGCAUGAAAUGGGCGUGUGCAGUAUCUCGAGUGUGCCUGGCUACUGUCACUUCAUUUCAACUGGCUGCUUUGAUGAGAAACUACGGAUGUGGGAUCUUCGUGGUGGGGGGGAAAUUCUCAUCUGUCACACGAGCGGAGGAGGAGUAUGGCGUCACAAAUGGUCACCCUCGGCCACCAAGGUCCUAAUGGCCUCAAUGCACGCAGGUUUCGCCGUUGCUUCCAUAGAUGGUCAAGAAAACAUCAUAGAAAACACAACAGGGUUUGAUACCUCCCUGACAUAUUACAGGCAAUCAGCCAAGCUGGCGUACGGUGUUGACUGGCGGAUCGACGCGGAUGUUGCCAAAGUUGUAACGACGGAGCCGAAUCAGUGGGGAGCCCUCUGCAAGUUAAACGCAUCAGAUUUUGAGCCAGAAAGUGUUGGACAAAAAGACCAAUUAGUAUCGAUGUUUCUAAAACUGGGUAAUCUCGCAACUUGGUACGCUCCGCCAAAUAAACCUUGCUGUUUCCCCCAAACAUGGGAAUCUGAAUUUAUCGUGCACACUCGCCGCAUUGGUCGGCGCCCAAGAAGUGACCGUUGCCUCUAUAGGAUCCGCCGAAACCAAACCAGUCCGCCAACCAUAGAGUCGAUAAUGAUUAUCGGACAGACGGUGCUCUCGAACAUCCUUUGUGAUGAAUGGAAGGGAAGGCGGUUCGAUGUUUGUCCAAAAGACGAGAAGGAAUGUCUUCACUUGCCCUACUUGGGUGAACCAAGAUGCAUUUCCGAGGCUAAUGGGUUCCACCAUAUCCCUAGUCCUGAAAUGUCACAGAAGGAGUUAUGGUUCACCGAUGCGAGAAUUCCAACCGGCGGUGUAAGGCGCCACGUGUACACAUUCACACGGAAAUACGACAUCUGUCGAUUGGAACGCUAUCAAAUCCUUACCGGACAGUACGUUGACUCUAAGAGUAACUGUCGUAUGAUGUUUCUAAUGGAUCAGCUGUUUAUUCCAAGUCCUGGUUCAUUCAGUGCUGAAUUCCGCCACAGCAUUUUUGAUGAUAUAUUUCGAUGUCCCUAA